CUCUGGGUAACUAAAAUUCUCUGGUUUUGAUUCUCUGGGUAACUGAAAAUCUCUGGUUUUUGUUCUCUGGGUAACUGAAACUCUCUGGUUUUGACUUUCUGGGUUAUUAGAAAUCCCUGGGUUCUGAUUUUAUGUGUAAAUUGAAACCCCUGGUUUUGAUUCUAUGUGUAAGUGGAAUAGCCCUUUUCUGGAACAUAAGAGUAGGGUAGAUGAGCUCUUUUUUUAACCCUAUUGGUAGUGAGAUCAUAGUCUUCUUGAAACAUAUGGGUUAUUUACUGUGUAAGUACAGUAUAAAUACUGGAGCUUAAGCUCAGGGUAUUGGGAUCACUUCUGAGAAUUCUCAUCGGUGUGGAUCACGUGUGGUGGAAUGGAACAAUAAAGCUGGACCCUUGCUUCUUCUCACUCACGGCUGGUGUAUUUUUUCUAUCUCCAACUGGGCUCAGAGGUAGAUCAUGACAUCGACCUGAAGCACACCUCCAAAUCAACAACAAAAUGGCUUCAAAGUUUUGGAAUAGCCCAGCCAGAGUGCAGACCUAAAUACAAUCAAGACUCUGUGAGGUGACCUGAAGAGGGCUGUGCACAGGUGAUGUGCCAAACUGAUAAAGUUUAGGUUUUCCUGCUUGACUUGGCCGGUCAUGCAUAGCAAGAUGCUGAGGACACUGUCUGUGGCUUUGGCAAGCACUGCGGAUUUACUGAGUCCAGUGAAAACUUCGUAACUUCCCACAUUCCUCGUCAGUCCCUUAGAUCCACAGAUUGGGAAAAGGUCUUGUGCUGGACAUUUCUGUAUUGAUGAGCCAUAGCAGGGACCAAGUCUUGAGCCCGCCCAUGCACAUGUGGUCCCAGCAUGAGUCAAGGGAGAAAAUGAGGGCAGCAGUGUGUGUUCUAUCCAUUGGACCUGGAACAGAAUAAACAGCAAUUUGCUAAGCAUUUGCCGUGUGCAGUCUGUUCACUGCAGAAAAGCAGCCAAAAGACCCUACUCUGGUGCCUCUCUCAGGCCGUGCCUGCUGCCCAGAACAGCGCUCUCACUGUCCACAUCACUACAGAUGUUUUUCUAUCAUUUUCAUUAAGACAAAGCCAUUUGGAAAGGUUUCAUGCGAACUAAUUGACCUAACAGAAAGGCAUAACUCUCAGUGGAACAUAUCAGUGGAACACACAGCAAAAUUUUUGGUGACCUAUACCACAUGCCUCCAGCUUUGCAACAAUGUCAGAGAUAAAUCUUUUGGGUCAUGUGGGCUGUGUCGCUCUGUACUGUGUCCUGUCUCUGGUCAUGCCGGCAAUCCUGCGUGCAGAGUUCACUCUGGCCAGCGUAAGUGAGCACCACAUUAUCAUCUGUACAUGCAUGCAGGACCUGGUAGCCUGCAGCAUUAUCAACUCCAGUGAGUGUGUUUGUCACAACCACCCAUUCUCCAUGUUGGAGCACAACACCGGCCCCAGCACAGUGACUUACAAGCGUCUGACAGUGUGGUACACCUCACCACUCAACGUCGCACGCCUGCUGAACAACUCAGAGGUCCGCCACCUGGCACUGGCCAAGUGCAACUCAGCAAGAGGUACUUCGCUAGCUGUUCACUACUUCACAGUGAGGAGGCUGGAGAGGCUCUAUGUCUCAUACCCAUUUUGGAUGCCUGGGCAGAACCAUGAUAUUGUGCUGGGUAGAGAUGUGGGCAUGCCUUACCAUGAGGAGCCAAGGAUAGCUGUCAUUCACACGGAUGUGUUGGUGGGGAAGGAUGAGUUGAAAGCAUACACAAUGAAAACCAUGGUGGACAGCAAUGGCAUGUCUCCAUUCCCUGAAAUGUUUAUGCGGAUGGAUGAGCUUCCAGAUAUGUCCAGCAUAUUUGUAUCUUUCUUGUACUAAGUGGCAUUUGAAUGCAAAGUUUCUUAGAUGUGUCUUUCCUCCCUUAAAAUUUUUUUUUUUUUAUACCUUUCCUGAGGAAAUAUGAAAGAUUAUGGAUUCUUUGGUUUGUUUCAUCUGGGGGACUCUUAAAAGUGAACUAAGAACUA